AUGUAUGUAAAUAGUGACAUCCACAUCCGACAUAGUUUGAUGUACUUCUUCCUAUUUCAUACCACGAUGAAGGAUUUCGAGAGUCUCCUUGAGAAUGUUCAUCAUACACAUGUCCAUCACUAUAAUAUCAUACACAAUUGGUUCCACCGCUUCGACAAGGACGACUUUUCUCUUGAGACCAAGAGACCCCAUAAAUUGGAUUUGGAUGCGUUGAAGAAAGCCGUGUAAACGAAUCCUUUCCAAACAACCCGUGAGCUGUCAACCGCACUUGGGUCUUAUCAAACCAACAUCGUACAGGGCUUGGUAGCUCCCGGAAUAAAGACAAUUAGGGGUGGAUUCAUACCUCACACCUUGACACAAGCCAACCUUGAGUUUUGAAUGGAUGGUUCCCUUUCCCUCCUCAUUCUCCACGGGGGCGAUUGAUGGUUGGACCCACUUUUCACUGGAGACGAGAAGUGGGUCCUCUACAAUAACAACCACAGGCAUGCCCAAUGGAUUGAAGAAGGAGAGACCCCACAGGAUGCCGCUAAACCCGACUAUCCCCCUAAAAAAGUCAUGACCUCAAUGUGGUGAGGAGUGUACGGCCCCAUCUACUGGGAAUUGCUACCUGAUAGCAAAAUAAUUACUGGGGGCCUCUACAUUAUCUAACCACGGAACCUGAAGAAAGUCUUCAAUCGUUCACCCCUGAUGGACAAGCAAAUCCAUUUUCAACAAAACAACUCUUGGCCCUACGGUUUGAAACAAGUAUUGCAGGAACUGGUCAGGCGUGGAUGGAUGGUUCUCCUUUACCCUCCGUAUUCUCAAGACACUGCUCCAUCUGAAUACUGGUCUUUUUCAGAUAUAACUCGUGACCUAUGGGAAAGAACCUUCAAUACCCAUGGAAGUGUCGAAAUGGCACUCAAGCAAUAUUUCGACUUGCGCCUGGAAGGGUUCUAUAAGCAGGGCAUUCAUAAGUUGCGCACACGUUGGUAGUAUAUUGUUGAUAAUGAUAGCAAAUAAAAUUUAUCCUGAAGUUUCUUUUGCUUCGAGAAAUAA